AUGGUCCCAUCGCCUAAACCAUCGUUGUCAACACCCGCGUUUCCUCGCAAUGCUUCGACUCAACCAUCACCUUCCAAUUCAACCUCAACUUCAUUACGACCUCCGAGACCUCGUACUAUGGCAGACAGAGAGCGUCGUUUACAACAUAGUCCACUCGCUGACGACGAUGAACAUUUGACACCAGCAAGUUUAGAAAGACUACGUAGUUUGGAACGCGACUAUCGAUCUUCUCGACUUUUGAAUGAAUUGGGUCCAUCAGCCACUACAACCACCACCAAAAAGGGGCGCCGUGGUAAUGACAUUGAAUUUGCCACCGAGAUUGGUCAAGGUCUAUUGUUGGAAGUGCGGAAAAUGCAGGCUGCCCUUCAUCAAAAGGAACAACAAGUCAAUCAACUCAUUAGUCAAAAAGCGGAUUUGGAACGAGAUAAUGAGCUCAUGGUUAGCCAAUUGCGUCAACGCGAAGAAGUACAAGAUCGGCUCAAGGAGCAGACAUGGGAUUUAGAACUUGCCAAGCAGGAUUUAUCAGUCAACAUCACCGAUUUGCAGCAGAAUUUGAAUCGUGCACACCUUGAACAGAGUCGAUUGACGCAUCAGUUGAAUGAAUUACAAGCUGAGAUGGACAAGAUGAGAGAUCGUGAGGAGAAGCAGGGUGCAACCAUGGAAACGAUGAAAACACGGCAUGAACAUGAUAUGGGUGUUGUACGUCGUCAUGCAGCUGGAUUGCAACGUGAAAAGCUCGAAAUGCGCAAACAAAUCGAUGCUCUCACAUCAGAACUCGCCAUUGCUCGUGCACAGACACGCAUCGUUUCACGUGAUAAGAAAAGAUCAUCCAUACCACCUUCACCUACCACGACAUCAGCAUCUGAACCAAUCGAUAAGCUUGCCGACGAAACAACAAAGGACGCAUCCAUGAAUGGAUCGAAUGAUGAUAAGCUUGGAUCACCAAAAUCAACAACACGCAAUCAGCAACUCGAGGUGGAGACGCUCAAAAGCUCGCUUGCUCAUGCCCAUCGCAUGGUAUCCAACUUGCGGUCGAAUUUACAUAAAGAGAAGACCGAGAAGUUCGAAUUCAAAAAGUUGUUGGCUGAAUCCCAGGAGACGAUUGAGCAACUGCAAAAUGAAAUGUGGGUCGAUCAGCAACCAUCAUCAUCACAACAACAUCAACAAAGUGGAUCAAGUGGUCGACGUGGUGGUGGUGGUAAACGAGGUCGUAAGGCUGCACGUCGUGGAGGAACAAGUGUUCGUAUGCCAUCGACUACACGUAGUGGUGAUGUAUCUGAACAAGAUGAUGAAGAAUCGGUCAUGUUUUCAUCUGAAGAAUCGGGUCGAAGCGAUGAUGAAGAUAACAAACAGCCUGCUCCUCAGCCAUCCAUAUCCACACAAUCCACGCUUGCUGAUCAACUUAAUGCUGCCAUGUCAUCAUCAUCACCUUCACCACGUCCUUCUCAUUCCACACUUGCCGAUCAGCUUGGUGCUGCCAUGUCAUCAUCACCUUCGCCACGUCCUUCUCAAUCUACACUUGCUGAUCAACUUAAUACAGCCAUGUCAUCAUCACCUUCACCAAAACCUUCUCAAUCCACACUUGCUGAUCAACUUAAUGCAGCCAUGUCGGCUUCACCACAAUCUCCUCAACCAAUUGUGGAUCAACAACGUCCUGAACCUGUUACUACGAGUACGCAAACGGAUCUUCGUAUAUGGAAUGAUCAACAAUUGUAUGCACAUGGCGCUGAACCAGCAACGACUAAGCUUGUGGAUACUGGUAUCAAUGCGACAACAUCUUUGAAGGAUACACCCAUUCUCGUACAACAAGAUCAGCCAUCCCAGCAUGCAAUCCCAAAUGUCCCUCGUCGUGAAUUUGAUAUUGCUACAACCGAAGCAACAUGGAGCGAGUCGUCAAUUCCACAUGUGGAACCUGCAAAGGUUGUUGCCAAUAACACAACUCGAGUUUUAUCAGAGAACAACACGAAUACCCAACAUUCAUUGCCAAGUGACCAAGUACGAGAGGAAGAAGAACCGGCACUUGCAAAGGUUGAUGUUGUCACACAGCAUGAAGUGUCAUCUUCUCCAAUGGUGGUACACGAUGUGAAACGUGGACUGGGAAUGAGCAGCGUGGGUACAGCGACAUGUGACACAAUCCAGGAACACAAUGAGCCCAUUACACAAACAAAGGACGUUGUUGAGUACACCACCAUUCGCAAUGCUACGGAUGCCGUUUCAGUCGAACCAAAAGCAAGCGAGCCUCCUGUGUCGACUCGAAAUAUGGAUGCACAAACCGAUAAGGUUCUUUUACACCAUGCUUCCAGCCAAGCCUUUGAUGCACCGCCGACAAUCCCAGAAUUGAGUGACAACAUCAACAUCCAUUUGCAGGAUAUUGCACCAAAAUCCACCAGCGAUGAUGUUGUUGUUGAUACACCUGAAAUGACGAUUCAUGCCCUUCCACCCAUUUCUUUUGAACCUGUAUCAAAGGAAAACCUCGAUGUUGCUACUUCUCCCAUUCAAUCUGCUGCAUUCUCCGAGCACAGUAUGCCAUCUCACUCUUUCAGCAAUAAGGAGGAGGAAUCGGCUGCAAUUAGCAAUAACGUUCAGCAAACGAGUGCUUGGACUACAGCACACGAUAAUGUCUUUAGCAACAAUGCUCAGCAAACGAGUGCUUGGACUACAGCACACGAUAAUGCCAAAUCGACCCAUCAACAAGAGCCAACCUUAUCAAAUGACACGUUCAUCCAUGAUGAUGUAAAGCCUUCUACCACCAAGAAACAACGAGAGAUUGUUGAAUCGAGAUCGUCGUUUGUGAUCGAAUCCACACAUGCAUCCUCUGCCGAUCAAGUAGAAUCCUUUACGGGCAACAUGAAUGUUGAGGCAUCUUCGCCCAUCACUGAAAAGGACACGCCAUCAUUACAACAGCAGCCUACAUUAUCCACUACUUCAAGCUCCUCCAUGCAUGUUGCACCAGCAACAUCAUCCUCUCCCUAUACCGGCUUGCAGACGAUUACUAAUAACAACACACAUGACGACGUUACUGAAAAGAUGUCACAAAAAGAUUUCAACGCGCACGCUGUAUCAGCUAUCAAUAUUGAGCCGUCUGGCACGGUUGCAGCAACAACGUUCACACAAGAACAGAGCCAAAAUGUGUCAUCAGUACAAGCUACAGCAUUCCAAAGCACUAAAUCAGCUGCACACGAUGUUGCGCCUUCUUCUACUCAAAGUCAACAACCCCACGCACCUUCCUUUACUACGGUUGAAACAUCCAUCCAAAAGGAUACUACUCCUGCUUUGGACCACAAUAACAACAUGUCACUCACAUCAACAUCUCUCCAAUCCACCGACAUUGUACCAACAACACGCAAUGAACCUGCUAUCAAGGAUUCUCAAAACUUGAGUACUGCAAACAUGACAUCAAUGCAACAACAGACAAUGCCAUCCAUUAUGGUAUCAUCAGCUUCUUCGGAUUUUGCUGUUGCUCAACAACAACCUUCAAUGCAAGCAAAGCAAGUUGCGGAGUUAUCUGUUGGAGCACAGACAUCUCAGCAUGCAUCAUCAUCACCAGAGCAACAACCUGCUCCUUCUAUCUCAACACCAUCGCCAUCACAACCUCCUCGAUCCAAUAGCGAAGAAUACGGCUAUGUGAGCGUAACUCAGCAUAGCAAUGGAGAAAAGCUAUUGACACAAUCUGAAGCGGACGCUAUGGUGGAAGCAGCUCUUGCAGCCUAUCGACGCCAAUCCAUGCGUAGUAUGAUGACCACAAGUGGUGGCGGUGGUGGUGUUCCCAAUGAGCAACAACAAGUUCAGCAAAUCGAAAAUGAAUAUGGUGUUGCCUAUAUCAAUACACAAACAAUGACUUACAAGCAUCGUCGCGAAUCAGCUAGUAGUACAGCAUCUACGAUGGCUUCGGCAACAUCAACGUCGUCGCACAUGAUGAUGGAUGCAUCCCAUUUGGCAAGCAUGGGUAGUGCUGGUGGACCUAGCAGUGCUAUUACAUUGAUUACAAGGACCAUGAUUGGUGAUUGGAUGUGGAAAUACACUCGCAAGACGGUGGGUGGUGGUUUAUCAGAACGACGCCAUUUACGUUUCUUUUGGAUCCAUCCCUAUACGCGCACGCUUUAUUGGAGUGCCGAUGAACCUGGUGCAGAUGGUCGUGAAUCUCGAGCCAAGAGUGCUUUUAUUGAAAGCGUAUGCACCAUUGUUACCCCUCAUCCACAAGGAUUACCCAAUGUUAGUUUGCUCAUUCAAACCACUGGACGUCCCCUCAAGGUCACAGCGCCUGAUAUGGCAUGCCAUGAUGUAUGGUAUGAAGCAUUGAUGCACUUGUUAUCUCGUGCUGCAGAAAAUGGUGGCGACAGAUCACUUGGCCGUCAGGACAUUGCUGCUUCUCUUUCCACCAGCUCACUCGUUAGCACCAGCAGCAGAAAACCCAGCUUGCAUCGUCUUCGACCUAUGCGAUCGAUCAGCUCAUCCAUCACAGGUGCAAGCACAAAGAGUACAGCAACACUUGCAUCCAACAACAACAACAAGAAAUCCUCCCAUCGUUAA